CCCCUUCUCCUCUCCUCCGCGUCUUUUUUAACCUCCCAACUGUUAUGUGACUUUUUUUUUCCUCCCCCCUUCGACAGAUUAGCUCGUUUUUACCCGCUGAAUAUAUAUAUAUUUUUCCCCCCCGACCAAGUCCCGCAUAAACUCUGCGCACAACCAAUGAUGACAUCCAAAGAAGUGGCCAAAUGUGAUGCAGUGGAAAACAGGAGGCGAAGUCCGCUGGACCACUUGCCGCCUCCAGCCAACUCCAACAAGCCGCUGACCCCCUUCAGCAUCGAGGACAUCCUCAACAAACCGUCCGUGAAACGAAGUUACACGAUUUGCGGCACGGCUCAUCUAAUCUCGUCCUCUGAGAAGCACCGCCCGUCCAGCAUCCCCCUGUCCAGCCGGGCUCUGCUCACCCAGACCUCGCCGCUCUGCGCGCUGGAGGAGCUGGCCAGCAAGACCUUCAAGGGGCUGGAAGUCAGCGUUUUACAGGCUGCCGAAGGCCGGGACGGGAUGACUCUGUUCGGCCAGAGAACCACCCCGAAGAAGCGUCGGAAGUCUCGAACGGCCUUCACCAAUCACCAAAUCUACGAGCUGGAGAAGCGCUUCCUGUACCAGAAGUACCUGUCCCCGGCCGACCGGGACCAGAUCGCCCAGCAGCUGGGCUUGACGAACGCGCAGGUCAUCACGUGGUUUCAGAACCGGAGGGCCAAGCUAAAACGGGACCUGGAGGAGAUGAAGGCCGACGUGGAGUCGGCCAAGGCCAUCGGCCAGGUCCCCUUGGACAAGCUCGCCAAACUGGCGGACCUGGAGAAAUGCGCCAACGGCACGCUGGGCCACCCGCGAGGCGAGUCCCCCGCGCGGGGCGGCCAGCAGGAGCACGAGCUCGCUCAGAAACUGCGGACGUCGCCGCUGUCUCCGUUCUCAGACCACACAACUAGUAAAGAGUGCUCAGAGGACGAGGACGUGGAGAUUGAUGUGGAUGACUGAUGGCGCAGCGUGGCGCUGGAAGGUCGACACACACAAAGAGACGAUAAAGAAAAUCCUCCCGAGGACUUGUAACUUACUGCUUAUAUUGUAUACCAUAUCUCAGAACAUGUACCAAAAUGUAUGACUUUUAUAUCGGCACAGAUAGACCUAUUCAUAGUGAAGCAUGAACACAGAACAAGAAAUAUGCAGUGGUAUUUUACAAUGUAUUCAUUAGCAAACUGUUACUUCUUGCAAUCAAAGCAAUAUGGUCUAAAAUGACGUGAGUAACUUAUUAUUUUUUUACACUAUAGGCCAACACACACACACACACACACACACACACACACAUACACGCAUACGCACACGCACGCACACUUACACUUAAACACACACACACACACACACACACACACCUGUUCCACAGCUUCUCCUAUAAGGCCUGCCCUCACACACCACUAUGAAAGUGCUCCAGUUUUUCAUAUUUUUUGCAUGUAAAUGCAUGCUUUGAUUUGUGAUCAUAAUCUAUUUAUUUCUACUUUACUAUUAUUUUUCUUUUUUUUUUUUUUUUUUAUUUAAUUGAUUUUUGUGUUUUUCUCUGUGAGCCAA